AUGCACACACAAUUACCCUCACCACAUCGCAAGCACACACACACACACACACACACACACACACACACCGUCACCACCAUCACCACCGACAACAACAAGCUAGCUGAUCUCCUCACUAUCUCACAAUCUGUCACACUAUCAUCAGCAGCAAAACCAUCACCAACACCACCAGCACCUCCACCAACACCACCAGCACCUCCACCAACACCACCAGCACCUCCACCAACACCACCAGCCCCUCCACCAACACCACCAGCACCUCCACCAACACCACCAGCACCUCCACCAACACCACCAGCACCUCCACCAACACCACCAGCACCUCCACCAACACCACCAGCACCUCCACCAACACCACCAGCACCUCCACCAACACCACCAGCACCUCCACCAACACCACCAGCACCUCCACCAACACCACCAGCACCUCCACCAACACCUCCACCAACACCACCAGCACCUCCACCAACACCACCAGCACCUCCACCAACACCACCAGCACCUCCACCAACACCACCAGCACCUCCACCAACACCACAAUAA